AUGGGCCAACUACCUCUGCCUCGGGUCACACCCUCACGUGCAUUCACGCAUACGGGCAUCGAUUACGCUGGACCACUCACACUCAAAACAUGGAAGGGAAGAGGAGCCAAAACUCAUAAAGGGUGGAUUUGUGUAUUUGUCUGUCUCACCACAUCUGCAGUUCAUUUAGAAGUUGUUUCAGACUACUCAACGGAUGGAUUCAUCUCAACGUACAGAAGAUUUGUCUCAAGAAGAGGCAUCCCUCAUUCAUUGUACUCUGACUGUGGCACAAACUUUGUCGGAGCAGAGAAAUCACUCCAGGCAUUGUUCACAGAGAGUUCUCAAGAUAACCGGCGCAUCUCAUCUCUGCUUGCUCAAGAUCGCACUCAAUGGAUUUUUAAUCCACCAGCUGCUCCGCACAUGGGUGGCAAAUGGGAAGCAGUGGUAAAAUCACUCAAACACCACUUGCGUCGUACCAUAGGAGAGACGUUGCUCACAUUCGAAGAAACGACAACCCUGCUUGCUCAGAUUGAAGCGAUCUUGAACUCACGACCUCUCGAACCACUCAGCGACGACUCAGAUGACAUCUCAGCGCUCACCCCAGGACACUUUCUCAUCGGAAGUGCUCUCACAUCAGUACCUGAGCCGUCACUGAAGGACUUAGCCACCUCAAGGUUAUCCCGAUGGCAAUUCAUACAACAGCGAGUACAGCAAUUUUGGUCUCAAUGGUCAGCUCAAUAUCUGCAACGACAACAAGCAAUCUCGAAGUGGCAUCACCCAUCCAACGAAAUACAAGUGGGCUCAUUGGUUCUCAUCACCGACGAGAGGCUCCCGCCAUGUAAGUGGCCAUUAGCCAGAGCCUCCUCCCUGAUGCCAGCCAAGGAUGGACUCACCCGCGUGGUGACCCUGAAGACACCCACAACGACACUCACCAGACCAAUCACCAAGCUGGCACCGCUGCCCAUUGCUCAUCAAGGCCAAGCUCAACCUCCGUAG